AUGAACCAGAAACGCCUCCUUUUCACCAAGUUACCUCUAAUGGCGUCUGCUAUCCUCAUGGUCAUCUUCAUCAUCUUCAACCUCUACAUAAAAAACCCAUUUAAACCUUCAUCAAAUGUCCAAAACUACCCUUCAACAAAGCAAUUCCGCCUCCUAAUAGGGAUCCUAACUCGAGCAGAUAAACAUGAACACCGCCAUUUCCUUCGCCUCGUCUAUGGAAUCCAAUCCUCUCCCUUAGCUCAAAUAGACCUCAAAUUUGUAUUCUGCAACCUCACAAAACAAGAACAAAGAGUUCUAAUAUCCCUCGAGAUCUUAAAAUUCAAUGACAUUAUCAUUCUCAACUGUUCAGAAAACAUGAACGAUGGGAAAACCUACACAUACUUCUCUUCACUUCCAAAUAUUCUAUCUCACCCUUAUGAUUAUGUCAUGAAAGCAGAUGAUGAUGUCUACUUUCGUCUUUUACCACUUGCAUCAUCCCUCCAACCACUUCCAAGAUCGGAUUUGUACUAUGGGUUUGUGAUUCCAUGCCAAAGUAUGAAUCCGUUUGUGUCCUAUAUGUCUGGAAUGGGGUUUGUUUUAUCAUGGGAUUUGGUGGAAUGGAUUGCAAAUUCGGAUAUUCCUAGGAAUGAUACAAUUGGCCCAGAGGAUAAACUGGUUGGAAAAUGGUGUUCACAUGAGCUUAUUCCUGAAACAAUAACCGUUCAUAAGCUCAAACGAUGGGAUCAAUGGCUUCAUGUGAUUCGGUAUUUUAAUGUUACUAAAGAUCUUAAUACAUCGAAGCUUUACAAUGGUUUCAACUUUGACUCGGUUUUCAAUUUAAAGAUGUAA